AUGAGUCCUUUCUUUUUUGAGGGUCCGACUGUGUCACCGAAAAAACAGUCUUCGUCCCUGAACGACUUUGCUGAUGGCAUCGAUUUGUCUCCAAUAAAAAGGAGUGGAUUGAAGGUCCCAUUGAGAGGCAAAUCGCGCACUCUUCCUAUUUCUACCUCAACACCGAUGCCCGGUAUACCAAGUCCUAAAGCACAGAGGAAACGACCUAGGGAAGAAUCCACUCCACUACCGACAACUGAUGAUCUCGCAAAAUCACCAUCUCGCAAAAAAGCAGUAAAUGCCGGGAAAUUGCGGACGCGCUCUCAGCUAGCGACGACGCCGAGUGGAUCACCUGCCAAAGUGAAGACUGCAUCGAAACCGCCUUCACCACCCCGCUUAACGCGAAGUGGAAGGUCACGAGGGAAAGGCCAAUGA